CUAAGUUGUUCUUUGCGGUCGAUCCUGAGAAACUGGAGGUAUGGUCGCGCGAUUGAUUCUGCAAGCAACAAAGCCCCGAUCCAACCUGACUUCAAGCCCGGCAAGCCGCCAGCUGACCGUCACUCGCAGUCACAGAAUGACGCCCGUCUCGACCGAGAACCUUCGACCGAUUGUCUUCUCAGGACCCUCGGGUACGGGCAAGUCUACCCUGAUCAAGCGCCUGUUCCAGAAGCACCCAGACCUUUUUGGCUUCAGCGUCUCGCAUACAACGCGCAAGCCCCGCAAUGGCGAGGAAGAUGGUGUCCAUUACCACUUCACCACUCCUGAGAAGUUCCAAGAGAUGAUUGCUGAAGACGCCUUUGAAGAGCAUGCGAAAUUCGGUGGUAAUUACUACGGAACGUCAAAACAGGCAGUAAAAGAUGUUGCAGACGGCAAGGGCAAGAGCAUUGACGGGACGACUGCGUCAGGGAAGAGGAUCUGCAUAUUCGACAUCGAGAUGGAAGGAGUGAAGCAGGUGAAGAAGAGUGAUUUGAACCCGAGAAUAUGCUUCAUUCAACCACCCAGCAUGGAAAUACUUGAGCAGCGCCUGCGCGGCAGAGGUGAUACAGCCGAAGACGCCAUACAGAGGCGGCUGGCCCAAGCCAAAAACGAGAUCGAAUACUGCAAGCAAGAGGGCAAGAACGACAAGGUUAUCAUCAACGACGAUCUUGACCAAGCAUUCAAGGAACUGGACGAAUGGGCGAUGCAGGGGAUUAGUGCUUGAUUCCGUUGCGUCUGUUUUGGUGUUCUCAUGAGAAGACGACAUAGACUAUUUUACGAAGACCGGAAUGGCUGGAUGGAGUUUAGCUGGAAGGGGCAACAAGUCAUGAGGAUUAGUUCUGCCCCAGAUCUUAAGGAAGAGAAACCCGCUCUCAAUAGACGCUACAUUAGAAGAGGCUUGAAGUACAAAAUAAGCAUCCUUCACCA